CACCGAUGGAGGAAGUGGCGCUGAAGCAGUGGUUGGCGCCUUGGCCAAAGAUCAGCACGCAGCUGAGCAAUCUCCUCGUGGGUCUCAAGCGCCGCCAGAUCACGGGCUCGUAUGAGACGUCUCGCAAAACCACCGAGCUCGUGCGCGCCAUUCUCGGCACAGUGCGAUGGACGCACGCCCGGCAGUUGAUGGACAACAUUCGGCUCUUGGGCCGCGUCUUGAUCAAGGCUAUUCCACAGGAGUUGGCGAUUGGCAACGUCAUCCGGCGCGUGCUGUUCAUCAUCCGCGAGGAAUACCUCAACGCGAUGAAGACGCUAUCGAGCCAGACGUUGUCGCAGCCGUCCCUUGGAACGAUCCUCACCCCUGGGACAGAGGCCGACUACACGACGCCAAUCAAGGAGCUCAAGCAGUCGAUCAUGGAGGGUGUCAGCGAACUCGUCGACGAAAUCGAAAACUUGCACGUGAGCAUCGCCGAGCAAGCGAUGGAAUACAUCCACGCCAACGAGGUGAUCUUGACGUACGGCAUGUCUACAUCCGUGGAGGAAUUCCUCAAGGCCGCCGCGAAGAAGCGGCAGUUCAAAGUGAUCGUGGUCGAGUCGGCACCGCUAUUGCACGGCCAAGGUUCUGCGCAUCGCUUGGCCGAGAGCGGCAUUGACACAACGCUGAUCCCCGACAGCGCCGUUUUUGCCUUGAUGGCGCGCGUGAAUAAGGUCGUGAUUCCAGCGGUGGCCGUCGUGGCCAACGGCGGGCUCAUUGCGGAAUCGGGCAUUCAGAACAUCGCGCUGGCCGCCAAAAAGUUUUGCGUCCCGGUGGUGUGUGUCGCAGGCCUCUUCAAGCUCUGCCCCCUCUUCCCGCACGACGUCGACAUGCUCAACGAACUUGUGUCCCCUGCGCAUAUCUACAACUACGACGACACGCUGCACAACAUUGACGUGCUGAACCCGGUCAACGACUACGUCCCGCCCGAGUUCGUCACGAUUUUCAUCACGAAUACGGGCGCGUACCAGCCAUCGUACAUCUACCGCCUCUUGACCGAGUACUAUUCGCCGCAGGACUACCAAUUGGCUUAAGCCCGAGUGAAAUGAAAAAGCUUCGUGUGUGUGGGGCGCCGAGCAAAGGGAG